AUGAGUGACACGCAAGAAAAUUUUAAUUUUGAUCGUCCUAUAAUGGAUACUAAGUCAUAUGAAAUACUCAUUUCAAAACUAAAAGUCUCACUUUGUGAUGUAGAUGGAUGUACAACCAACCAUUUCAAUAAUGUAAUUUUGGAGUGCAAAACUUGUAUCGAACAGUGUUUAUGUGCAGCUAUGAAUUCUAUAGAUUCCUUGAAUUGUAAUUACUUAUUAAGUUGUCUAGAAAAUGCAGGUUGUUUGUUGCAAAUGCUGUCAGACUUUAUUAGGAAAGUAUUGGCAUCUAUACCUUCUGUGUGCUCAAACAUGAAGCAAUAUCCUACUGCCACUGGAUGUAUAAUUUUAUUUGUCUUCAAUCAUUGCAAGACUAGUGAAUGUGUAUAUGGUGAAUGCCUUCUGAAAGCACAAAGACAACUAAAAGAAUUGUUUAGAACAUGCCAUGAACUACAGCUCACUUACCUGAUGUCUUUAGAAACACAUUUCACCUUUGAUUUGAGUCAAGCAGAUGAUUUAGGAGUUUUAUUGGAAGUACUAGACAUUAAUUUGAAAAUUAGUCAAGUGGUAGAAAACCUAGAUAUAAAGACUAUGGCAGAACAAUGGAAAGCUUACACAGCAUUAUGUGAUAAAUAUUGCAAAUACAUUGAAGACCAGCACAUAUAUAGAAAUUGUGUGGAUAUGUUGUGUGAGAUGGUUAGGAGAAACAUGAAAAAUGUAUUAGAGACGUGCACAGAUGGAGCAGGCAAGACUGUAAUUAGACCAGUGAAAGUCGCCAGCUUCGGAAUAAAAAUUCUAACUAAAUUAUGCAAUAUCUUUAAAAAGGCAACUCACUAUAAUGAUGAGAUAAUUUACCUUUUAAUAUUUCUAAAUACGUACAACGCGUCCUACCUGGAAACAUAUUUGAAGAUUCCCUCAGAAAUAACUAAACUCAUCGAAGAAAACACGAGAGCUCCUUCGGUGGCCUUGGUCGAGGCCUUAGUCGCCGAAGAAGCGUUUAUUCAUGACAUCUGCAAAGUGAACGAAGUCAAAUUUGAGAAUGAGAAGUUUAUCGGCUACUUAAUUCUUCUCACGGACGUCAUGAGGAUCUCACCGAGCGACACGAGACUGAACGUGAUGUCCCGAAUGUUUCGUCUAUUGCCAGACGGCCACGUCUGGUUCAACGUCGAAAUAGAAAUGGAACUCGACAAUAAAAGGUUCGGUCUGUUCGAGUACGCGCUGACGGUCGGCUCGGCCUUCGCGAGGACGCUGAGCGGCGACGGGUACGCGGCGCUGGAACGCCUCCUGUUGACGAGUCUGUUGGAGACCGACUGCUACGGCGCUCUCUUCGCGGCCGAUCUGUGGAUUCUGUUGAUGAGGUCGAGUGACUCCAGACUGGUGGCGGAGACCGCGUCGUUCCUGAUCGAGGUGUAUCGGAGCCUCGCUCGGAAGCCGGCGUUUCACCGAUCUCCGCAAAACGUUCACCUGACCCGAGUCGUAAGGAAUCUGUUCGGGCUGUGCGCGAGACGAGAUAAGGAUAGGAUAUUAAAUUUGUACAAAAUAGAAGAUCAUUUCGAUUUAUGGUCGGGAUUGACACCGACAGAAGUCGGAGGACGGCGGAGCGCAGUCGGGACGUUCGUGGCGAUGCUGAAGGGGUGCCUCGAUAUCGACGAAAUGGAAAACGCGUUGCUGCCGUCGAAUCCGGUCGCGGGCGAGAGGCCGACGGAUCUGAUAUCCGGAACGUUGUCGACUCUGUGGAGCGAGUCGAGGACGGACGAGGGCGACGAGGCGCUCCGGUGCGAGAGGAUUCGGCGAUUGACCGCCCUCACCGAAACUUUCGGCCCUCUCUUGUCCGAAGAGGCCGUCCGCGAGAUCCACGGCACGAUCGGAGACCUGCUGAGGAGCGGCGACGAGAACGUCGCGUUCGUUUUGUUUCAAAAGUACUGUUCAUUUUACGAGAGAGGCCUCGUCCCCCGGGACGCUCUCUCGCGAGACGUGUUCGCCGAGUCGCUGGAAGCGGACGACCCGAUACACCGACACGCGUUCGUCACGCUCCAGAGAUGCGGGAGAGUCGACAGAGUCGUUCGAGAAGAUCCGACUCUGGUCGGUCCGUCUGCGGAUCGAGAGCCUCGCCGUGGAACUCCGCAGUUUGAACUUCAGUUGCGAAGCGUCCGGAGUCAUCGCUUCUCUCACGGAUGUCUCUCGGACGAGUCUCCGUCGGCCGACGCCGAGCGACCUCGUUCCAAAAGGAUGAAGCUGGACGACGACGAACGUGAAGAUUUAAUAUCGAGAAUAGAAGAGAACGUGCGUCGCCUGAGCGAGCUGAAGGCCGAAGGGGGGCUGAGCGACCAGCGCAAGGCGAAACUGUCGAAUGUGUUUUAUAAAUUGCAAAAUAUACUCGAGUCUUGA